UUGGUCGUAUUUACACCACAAAGAUCAAUCAGCUCAGCCAUGGCAAGUAGGCUUGAGGAAGAAGCUCCCAACCAAAUUGGAAAUGGUAGAGAAGAUCAGAACAAGGAGGAGACUUGGCAGAAGAGAGAUAGAGAGUAUCUGUUGGUAGUAGUAACAUUCAUGGCAACCGUUGCUUUCCAAGCCGGGGUGAGCCCUCCCGGUGGUGUCUGGCAACAAGAUGAUAAGAACUCGAGUAUUGUAGCAGGGACAUCGAUAAUGGCCACAAAAUUCCCAGUUGAGUUCACCACAUUCAUCGUUGGCGUAACAGUGUGCAUGAUAGUUUCAAUGUUGCAAUUCACAGUGCUGUUGAAUGAGUUGCCAAGCGACACACCCUCACUUUCGAGGAAAUAUCUGUACUACACUUUGUUCUUCGCAUUAGGCAGCAUGCUCUCGUCUUAUGUGUCAUCGGUAAAAGCUUAUACGCCGGAGCCGAUGAUACCCCGGGCCGUCACUGUUCUUGCGUUUUCUAUUGGCACUGGUAUUGUUUUAGUGGGGAUUUCAUUGUUCAAACAGAAGAUACAACAGAAGAUACAGGAGAGACGUAUGCAUUAACUGUUCACUGAAAUUUAUGUAGUACUCUAAAUAUAUGUUUUAAUCUCCAUUAUUAUUCAACUCCUAUAAUUUAUAAAGUUUUUAUUGAAUUAUAAUUUAAAACAGAUCUUCACAAUGGUA